AGGGUAUUGGUCGCCUGGUGGAUCGCGUAUACAGCGGUUCGGUACAACUCAAUGGAGACGCCAUCAUUGAGUUUGUACGCCAUUUAGUGGCCGUGUCUCUGGAGGAAUUGGCCCAACCCCCAACCAGCGAUAUCACCAACAAGGGUCUGGAUCAUCGAAUGUACUCGUUGCAGAAGAUUGUGGAGAUUGCGUACUACAACAUGAACCGCAUUCGCAUGGAAUGGUCCCGAAUCUGGGUGGUGCUCGGCGACCACUUCAACCGGGUCGGUUGCAAUCCCAAUACGCAAAUAGCCAUUUUCGCCAUUGAUUCUCUGCGACAGCUGGCCAUGAAGUUCCUAGAACGAGGCGAGCUAUCCAAUUUCCACUUCCAGAAAGACUUCCUGAAGCCUUUCGAAUACAUUAUGAACCACAGCAAACGGCCCGAGAUCCGUGACAUGAUCAUUCAAUGUAUCACACAGAUGGUUGCCUCGCAGGCGAUGAACAUUCACUCCGGUUGGAAGAAUAUAUUCUUCGUCUUCUCAUUGGCCGCUGGAGAUGCUUCACCUGGCAUUGUCACGGAUUCGUACGAAACCGUAUCAAUGCUGUUCAACCGGUACGCCCCACAGUUUCACGAUAUAGCCUUUGUCGAUGGUGUGAACUGUGUGGUUGAAUUUGCCUGCAACCGCCACUUUCCCGGGCUAGCUAUGGAGGCAAUGGAGUUGAUGCGCAAAUGCGCGGCCAUGAUAGCCCAAGACACUGACAACUAUAUGGCAGAAAACGCGCCAAAGGAGGGCGAGCCCGCUGUAUACAUCAGUGACCAAAUAUGGGUGCAAGGCUGGUUCCCUAUUCUGUUUGGACUGCAUCGUAUUAUGACUCGGUGUUCAUUGGACGUGCGUACCCGAGCGCUCACUGUGCUGAUUGAGAUUGUGAAGCAAAAUGGCCACACAUUCCAUAAAGCACACUGGACGGACCUAUUCCGCAUCAUCUUCCGCAUAUUCGACGACCAGAAAAUCCCGGAACAAACUGUCGAGAGAGAGGAGUGGAUGAGCACCACAUGCAACCACGCGUUGUUUGCGAUCAUUGAGAUGUUCGGUACACACCGUACGGUGCUAUUGGAUGUCGCCUUUGAAGACCUUCUGGACCGCAUACACUGGUGCCUCAACCAGGGCAACGAACAACUGGGCCGCAGUGCUACCCAGUCCUUGCAGGU